GACGAGGGUUCCCCGCUUUACCCCACGGCUGAGGAGGCGCUCGGCAUAGUAUAUAAAGAGCUGCAUCGGCGCACCCCAUUGAGUCUACUCUUUGCGUUGUGACAGUCUGCGCGACCUUCUCACUAUGAUCGCUCGUAGCAUCACUCUGGCCCUGAUGGUGGUCGUGGCCCUGUCUGCCUUGGCACUGGCCAUUCCCGCACCCGAGGCCGAGGCCGACGCCAAGGCCAACAGGAGAUUCUUCUUCGGACAUGGAUUGGGUGGAUUCGGCGGCGGCUUCGGUGGAUUUGGUGGAUAUGGAGGAUAUGGAGGAUAUGGAGGAUAUGGAGGAUACGGCUAUGGACACAGGCCCUAUGGAUUUGGAUACUUUGGCUAAGGACAGAAGCUGAGGAUUCGGACGAUCCUUCUCAACUCCUUCCCCGGAUGCUGACCGCUGGCAGGGCUGCGCAGAUCGUCACCAAACCUCUGCUUCUGCCUUGACAACCUGCCAACCUGGGAAGGAAAUGAAACUCUGCCUUUGGUUACUAUCUUCGUUCGACUUUACCUGUUCACUAAGAAUGGUUCAAUAAAUUGGUGUUUGCCUUGAA